CAUUUUACCAAAUUUCCUGUUGAAACCGAAACUGGUUCAAAACGCUUCAUCCUGUGUGUGUUUUCCUCCCGGUGGGUUGUCGGUGCACGCGGCACAGUGAGCGGACAUGUCGGUGCCGCUGCUGCUGCUGGAGACUCUGGACGACUUGACCCUCAAGGACUUCAAAAGGUUCCAGUGGCUGCUGGAGAACGGCGUCCUGGACUGCUGCAAACCGGUGGCCCGAUCCCGCCUGGAGGACGCGGACCGGCCGGGCACCGUCGGGGUCAUGACCCGCGACUACGGCGAAGGGACGGCGGCGAACGUCGCCGUGGAAAUUCUGAAGAAGAUGGGCCACAACGGCACCGCGCAGAAGCUGCAGAAGAGACACGCAGCUGCAGCCUCCACAUCCACGUCUGAUGCUCCUGCCGCACCUCCUGCUGCUGCUCCAGUAGCACCUCCUCCUCCUGCUGCUCCAGUAGCACCUCCUGCUGCUGCUCCAGUAGCACCUCCUCCUCCUGCUGCUCCAGUAGCACCUCCUCCUGCCACAAUGAUAGCUACAGAAAGAGGUGUGAUCAUCGCCCCGUCAGUCACCUGUGGCACCAUUGGGACGUUCAAUAUAACCUUUAACAAAUAAACUCAUGAAACACGUCUA